GCAAAGAAAAAUAACCUCAAAAUAAAACAUGAGAUUCUUCGACAGCGAGAACUAAAUUCAACAAGCCUCUUCUACCGCAUUUGCAUCGAAAUGACGGCAGUGAGGCAGUGAAAACUCGGUGAUUUUUUAAUUUUCAAAGUACAAAUACAAAAAGAAAAAAAAUAAAAUCUAUUAACAACAAAAACAAAAGAAAAACGAUAAUAAUGUUUGCUCAGCAAAAUUAUCAACACACUAAAGGGAACUGAAGGAACAAAAAAAGAAAAAAAACAGGCAAUCGGCUGACACCAAUCAACAACGGCGGGGCGAGGAACAAAGAAACAUGGAAUUGCAUUCAUACGCUAAACGUAGAGCCUCCAAGAAAUGGACCAUUGAACAAAAACGCAAACUGGUGGAGGCUCGCAUCAAUUAUGAUUCGUGGUUUAAUAGCAAGCCUAGCAAUAGUGUGGUGCCUUGGAAGAAAGUUUUGAGUGUCGCUAAAUUGGAUGAUUUCAAUGUGUUUUUCGUACGAAAGCAGUGGUCUAAUAUGCUCACCCGAUACAAACAAUAUAAGCAAACACGUCUGGAUGGCAUUGCCACAAACAAAGCAAUUCAUGCUGAAAUGAUUGAACGCAUAAAUCAGGAAUGGGAAUUCUUUGAAGCAAUACAUGCGUUUAUGACACGCAAAACUACAAAUCUACAUUCGUACGCAGUGACACAGAAAUUCUCCAGCACCAGCAGCAGCACCAGUGGGGGCAAUGAGGUUGUGCUUUCCUUCGCAAACAUCGGCCACGUGAUGGAACCUCCGCAUGGUGGCGAAGUGGUUGCCGGUGCGGUACAACAAACGCUAUCAAGGACACACCACGAACAGCAAAAGGACAUAAAACCAACGUCCACCAUGUUGAAGGAGGGGUCUUCAUCGUCGUCAUCGGCGUCUCUGAUGAAAUUACAGCAUGACUGUGUUGCUGUUAAGGAAAAUAUACCAAAUAAUACCACAAUCCUAUUACAAGUUGCUGGCAGCGAUCCAAGGGCCAUUGAAGCUAGUGGCGUUGGUGGUGCUAUGCCCAUAUUUAGCAGUGACACCAAUGAAGAAUUCGAAAUGGUCGGUUCGGCUGGCACGAUAGUUGAGGCUUCAAGCAAAGACUACAAAGACAUCAUUAAAAAUUGUGGUCGCAACACCGAUCAUGACUUCUAUUCCAAACGCUCUGUGGUGGCAAUUGGGAGCGCGGGAAUUGUGCGUAAAUUUCCCAUAGAAGAAAGACAGUUGCAUUAUUUCUUGGAUACCAGUGAAGAAUCGUUGGGAACAGAAUAUGUGCAACACACUUCCUCCUUGGAGAGUAGUUCUUUGCCUUCGGUUAUGGAAAAUAUUGAGUUGCAUACCGAAAAUGCUCGAACAUUUGAGAUAAAGGCGGACAAUAUUUCCCAAUCCCACAAUGCCUCUAACUUUGUAAUUAAACAGGAAAACUAUUCCAUGACUGAAUUGCCCUCCACCAGCACGGAGAGAAUGAACAACAUCACGAAUAACACAACCACACAAAGACAAAAUCCUACAUCUACUUCAUCAGGCAAUAGUCGUAAAAUAAGUGAACGCGAAAAAUAUUACCGCCAUAAGCGUCGUUUCAAUCGUCGCCUCGAGAAACGUUUCGAUGCCUUGUUGCAUGUUGUGGGUCAGGUAGUCAAAGCCGAAUAUCCCAGUGUGGAUGUAAAGCCGCUUAUGGAUACUGUAGCCACCGUAGGCUGUGAGCUAAAUCAUAUUUUGAGCAGUGAUUCAGAGGAAGAGGAAAGUGAUGAUGAUGAUGAUAAGGACCAAGCUGCUGAAACUCGUCGCCCACCAACGUCGUCGUCCAAAUAAUAAAAUUGUAACAGACCAAAAAGCAAAAAACUCUCAGUAACUCAUUCACUAAAUACCUAUUUUCUAAAGUAUCUUUUUCAUAAAAGAUCAAAAAAGGCUUUAUUUUACAAAAACAAAAAAGGGAGAAAUCCUAUUCCCUAAUGUUGUUACAAAAACCUUUGCAGGCCAAUUUUACUUUUAAUUAUAAUUCAUAAUAAAUUCGUCUUCAAUUGUUAAUGAAA